GAUAUUUCCAAUGGUACCAUCUUUGGGGAGUUUAAUAGAACUUCUUAGAAAAUGCUACUAUAUAAGAAAGAGCUUCUUUUGGAUGUCAUUAGUGUUAUAAUAGCAUUAGUGUAAAAUAACGUUGGCAAUGUAAAACGUAUUUCCAAAAGAAAUGUACACUUUACUUGCAGGAUCAUCAGAGCCUUCUUGUUAUGUUCUUUCUUUUUAAAAUGUAUCCUUUUGCUUAUGGGAGCUAUGGUAUUUUAUGCCAUUUAAUGAAAAUGGAUUUUAGAUCAUUCCAAGUAAUUUCAACUUACCAUUCAAAAGGGCAUGAAAAAUGGCUACUUGGCAAUAUGAUGUCUUGUUUAUCCAGUUCAUAUAAUGAAAAGGGCCCCCAGCAAAAAAGGGGCCUUCUACAGAAGGAGGAGAAUCUACCUGUCACAUUUAAAAUUAAUUGUGAUUUUUUUCACUGAGCCAUUCAACAAGUAUUUGUUGAACAUCUAUGUGCUAGGCAUUUUUCUAGAUGUUGGGAUGUAGCAGAGAACAAAAAAAGUUCCCACACUCAUGGGGUGAUACAGAAAAGAAACAAUGAAAUAUGUACAUAUAAGAUAUGGAGAAAAGGCAGGGUAAGAAUGAUAGAAAGUGCCCUUAUACACAUUUUUUCCAUAGUAUGAAACUUUCAUAAAAUCAGAACUCUAUGAUCUUACUUAGAAAGAGUAUUAUAAACAGGAAUAUACUUGUAGUUUUUCUCUUGGUAUAAUUCAACCAAUAAAAACCACAAUUCUGUCUUAAAGACUUUUUAUAACUUGAAAGAGAAUGCUGAGUGAGGCCACACGUGAAUCUAAAGGAAUUUAUCCGUUUUGUUGAGAGCACUUAAUAAAAUCUUAUUGCCCUUCGUGCGAUUCUAUUCAAAGCAACGACAACGCAUGGUGGCGCUGCAGGCUAAGCAUCCAAAAAAAAAAAAAAAAAAAAGUAUAUGCUACGAACUCUACCUCAGAUCUGUAUCUGUAUAGCCAAAAAGAAAAGCCUGUAACCAGAGCUUGGAACCAGUAAGUGUCCAGAACGUGCUACGCACAGACAUUUUCGGACUGCUUAUCAACUGACAGAUCACUGUCUCAGUCCCUUAGCUCUCCGAGGUACAGCUGGGCACUGUUCAUUAAAAGAUGUUUACGGAUCUAAAGAUGGAGGCCGGAGGCGAGCGCUUUCCCAAACAAAGGCAAGUUCUGAUUCUCUUUCUCUUGCUGAGACUAGCUCUGGCAGGCUGGGAACCCCGGCGUUACUCCGUGAUGGAGGAAACUGAGAGGGGCUCCUUUGUGGCCAACCUGGCCAAGGACCUAGGGGUGGGUGUGGGGGAGCUAGCUGCGCGGGAAGCCCGGGUGGUCUCUGAGGACAAUGGACAGUGCUUGCAGCUUGAUCUGCAGACCGGCGGGUUGAUAUUAAAUGAGAAGCUGGACCGGGAGGAGCUCUGCGGCCCCACGGAGCCCUGUGUAAUGCAUUUUCAAGUGUUACUGAAAAAACCAUUGGCAGUAUUUCGAGCUGAGCUACUAGUGGGAGACAUAAACGACCAUUCUCCUGAGUUUCCAGAAGGAGAAAUGACCUUGAAAAUCCCAGAGAAUAGCCCUCCCGGGACUGUGUUUCCUUUGAAAAAAGCCCAGGAUUUGGACGUGGGCAACAACAACAUUCAAAACUACUAUAUAAGUCCUAGCUCUCAUUUCCAUGUUUCUACCCAAAACCGGGGGGACCGCAGAAAAUACCCAGAGCUAGUGAUGGACAAAGAGCUGGAUCGUGAGCAGCAACCUGAGCUCAGAUUAACCCUCACAGCGAUGGAUGGCGGCUCUCCGCCCCGGUCAGGAACAGCCUGGGUCCGCAUCCUGGUCUUGGACAUCAAUGACAAUGCCCCUGAGUUUGAGCAGACACUCUACAAGGUGCAGGUCCCAGAGAGUAGCCACGUAGGUUCCCUAGUUGUCAAGGUCUCCGCUAGGGAUUUGGAUGCUGGGACGAAUGGAGAAAUAUCAUACUCACUUUUUUAUAGUUCUCAGGAAAUAAGCAAAACUUUUGAAUUAAGCCGCCUUUCAGGAGAAGUUCGACUAAUUAAAAAAUUAGAUUUCGAAGCAAUAUCCUCAUAUGAGUUGGAUAUAGAGGCGUCUGAUGGUGGGGGACUUUCUGGAAAAUGCUCUGUGUCCAUUAAGGUGCUGGAUGUUAACGAUAACAUCCCAGAAUUAACUAUUUCGUCAUUUACCAGCCCUAUUCCCGAAAAUUCCCCGGAGACAGAGGUGGCACUAUUUAGGAUACGAGACCGAGACUCAGGAGAUAACGGAAGGAUGGUUUGCUCCAUCGAGGAUGAUUUUCCCUUUCUCCUGAAACCUUCUGCAGAGAAUUUUUAUACUCUGAUAACUGAAGGAGAGCUGGACAGAGAGACCAGAUCCGAGUAUAACAUCACCAUUACCGUCACUGACUUGGGUUCACCCAGGCUGAAAACCGAGCACAACAUAACCGUGCGGGUCUCCGACGUCAAUGACAACGCGCCAAACUUCACCCAAACCUCCUACACCUUGUUCGUCCGAGAAAACAACAGCCCCGCCCUGCACAUCGGCAGCGUCAGCGCCACUGACAGAGACUCGGGCACCAACGCCCAAGUCACCUACUCGCUGCUGCCGCCCCAGGACGCGCACCUGCCCCUCGCCUCCUUGAUCUCCAUCAACGCCGACAACGGGCACCUGUUCGCGCUCAGGGCCCUGGAUUACGAGGCCCUGCAAGCGUUCGAGUUCCGCGUGGGCGCGGCCGACGCGGGCUCCCCGGCGCUGAGCAGCGAGGCGCUGGUGCGCGUGGUGGUCGUGGACGACAACGACAACUCGCCCUUCGUGCUGUACCCGCUGCAGAACGGCUCUGCGCCCUGCACAGAGCUGGUGCCCAGGGCGGCCGAGGCGGGCUACCUGGUGACCAAGGUGGUGGCGGUGGACGGCGACUCGGGCCAGAACGCCUGGCUGUCCUACCAGCUGCUCAAGGCCACGGAGCCCGGGCUGUUCGGCGUGUGGGCGCACAACGGCGAGGUGCGCACCGCCAGGCUGCUGAGCGACCGCGACGCGCCCAAGCACAGGCUCGUCGUGCUGGUCAAGGACAACGGCGAGCCGCCGCUCUCGGCCAGCGUCACGCUGCACGUGCUGCUCGUGGACGGCUUCUCCCAGCCCUACCUGCCGCUCCCGGAGGCGGCCCCGGACGAGGCCCAGGCCGACUCGCUCACCGUCUACUUGGUCAUUGCCUUGGCCUCGGUCUCGUCGCUCUUCCUGUUCUCGGUGCUGCUGUUCAUCGCGGUGCGGCUGUGCGGGAGGCGCAGGGCGGCCUCGGUGCCUGCGGGCCACUUUCCGGGCCACUUGGUGGACGUGAGCGGCACCGGAACCCUGUCCCAGAGCAACCAGUACGAGGUGUGUCUGACGGGAGAUUCUGAGAAUAAUGAGUUCAAAUUCUUGAAGCCUGUCUUUCCCAACCUUCUGGGCCAAGAACCUGGGAGGAAAAUAGAGGGAAACCCCACCUUCCGGAAGAGUUUAGGUAUCUGAAACUUCCCCUUUGGAUGUACUAGUCUUGUCUCCUUCAUUUUUCUCUUUCUUUUUCUAAACCCAUAAUAAUCUUUAAUUCUAAUUUUUCUUUUUUCUCUACUACUUUCCUUACUAAUGAUAUUCCUGACUUUAUUGGCUAGGUUGUUCUGUAAUUGCUUUUCCAAUUAUUGUAUUAGUAAAAAAAAAAGUAUGUCAGGAAAUUUCAUAGUUUCCUUUCUAAUUAAAUUUUUAUUACUUUUUCCUGAGGGAUGAUGUGAAAGUUAACCUUCCUAAUAAACAUAAUUCUCAUUUAAAAAGUACCUUUCACCCUAUAUGAAACUACAUAAGAAUGUAUAAUUUCUUUUGAUCCUACUGUAUUUUAAAAAUAUUAGAAGUGUUUUUAGGUUAUUAUUUACACAAUCAUGGCUUUUUUGUAACCUCUUUUCUGUUUGGGCUGGAAACAGUAUAUAUUUAUCCAUGCUCAGUUUCUCCCAAUGACUGUAUUUGUGUUUUUGUAUUUUAAUUUUUUCCAAUAGACAGCAACAUGUAUAAUAUUAAACUAUUCAUUUCAAAAUUACACUUGAAAUUACAGACUUCACUCUAAAAUACAUAUGUCAUCUCAUGAAAUAUGUGUGCAUCAUCUAUUUUAUCUCUUCUAAACCAUUGUUUAAAAGACAUACAGGUUCUUUUCUCUAACUCAAGUUAUGAUACUGAUAGGAGUUUUUGACAGGUUUACUCAUACCCAGACUGACUCUGUUUAAAGUGAUACUAUAUAUACUCUAAAGGCCAAUAAACUCUAGAAUCAAGUAAUGCAUUACCUGCAAUUGUAGGUUGCUGUAGCAGGGAAAUUCUCAAGUGACCUCUGAAUUCUGGGCCUAGAAGAGCUUUUGAUAGAUAUGCCAGUAUCAGUUUCCCUUUGUAUGAUGAUAUUCUGGUUGAAAGUGACUCUGAAAGAAAAUACAUUGUAUAAUUAAUAGUAGUUAACAAAGCUUAAUUUAUUAAAGGAUACAUUGGUGUUGGGGUUGAUUAAUUUGGAGAAAUAACCAGUUCUAUUGUCUUGACUCCUCUAUCUCCAGAAGCCUCUCACCUUUGCAGGGCCUCUCUGCUUUCUACCCCAAAUAUUCACAUUCCCAUAAUCCCUUGCAGCUAGGAGUGUCUUAUGACUCCUCAGUUAUUGUCAAUGAUUUAAAAAUUCAAUUGGGGGAUUGGGCUUUAUGGAAAGAUUUUUCAAAGGGCUAGUCUGAGAUAGCAUGGUCCUAAAUUACUGAUAGUAUCACCUUUGCAGAUACUAGAGAAUGGUGUGGUAGACAGAAUAUAGCCCCUGCCCAGAGUGACCACAUCAUAAUCCCUGAAA